UUGGUGGACCCAACUCGGAUGGUCAACCUCCCAGCAAGUUUGAUGACAGUCCGGAUGGCGCUCACGCCCCAUGGUCCAUGUGCAAUCAAAUUCGCAAGUACAUGUCUUACGAAGAAUGCGGUACACCACGUUGUCAAAGCUCAACGUUGCGAGAGCACUACCACUGUCGUAAUUGCAACAAGAUAAUUAUCCGUCGUGAAGAGAUGAUCAGACAUGCCAAAUGGCAUCGCAAACGAGAAGAAAGCUUGCAAUAUGGUUUCAUGCGGUAUAGCCCAGCGGAUAACUGUGCCGUUUACAAUUGUGUCCACAACGGUCGUCAGACACACUAUCACUGCAUGAAGGCGAACUGUACAAAAGUGUACAUAAGUACAUCAGACGUCCAAAUGCACGCAAAUUUUCAUCGCAAAGAUGCUGUGAUCAUCCAGGAAGGAUUCCAGCGAUUUCGAGCCUCGGAGACCUGUGGGGUUCAAACUUGUCCUUUCUACGAGGAACGCACCACGCACUUCCACUGCCGACGUGCAAACUGUCGUUUCACUUUCAAGAAUAAAUCAGAUAUGGACAAACACAAAAUGCAUCAUCAGAAGAACGACAGCUUCGCGAAGGAUGGAUUCCGAAAAUAUAUCAAAUGUGAGAACUGCGAUUACACUGGCUGCAAAUAUUCUGGCAUCAUCAACCACAUCCACUGCCUCCGACCGGGCUGUGAUUACGUCGUGCAUUCGUCGAGCCAAAUUUUGUCCCACAAGCGAAAACACGAUCGACGGUUCUCCCAAUUGGUCACAUUUUCGCAGGACACCAACUGUUCUGAUUUCGUCAGGCGGAGUACAGGCUCCACAUGCUCUGCGUUUUCACGGAGUGACGGACAUGCAAGAAACAGAGACGCACCAGAUGACUGUCUAUCCCAAUCGGCUGAGGUACCUCUGGAUCUGGAUUUGAAGCGCUCAGACUCAGUAAUCACUAACGAACCCCAACAUUCAGGAGACAGAAUAUCUCCUACUGGAACCUACUCAUUGGCAGAAAAGCCGGCAUUCUGUGAACCGAAGGCAAACUCCGUUGGAAACGAUUUGUUCUACGAAUUAUCUCGUCUCACUACCCGUUGCAUUCAACGUCGGAAGCGAUCACCUAACACGGUGGACGUCUUACCACAUGUCACUGCGAUCCCGAACAGUAGCAUCAGUUUGGAGUUCCUGUUUCCUAAUGAUGAACUAUCGAACACACCCGACGAUGUCACCCACGUGACAAAGGUAUUCGAGCUCGUUCGUCAUUAUUUCAGACAGUAUCCUUCCACGGCUGAAUGUGAACACCAAAGUUGCCAAACAGCAGACGAGUUAUCAGACGCCCAUUGGCAUUGCUAUUGGCCGGGUUGUUCCGUCGGGCCCUACUGUAGACAAACGGGCUCGAAUUACUGCUCCCAAUGGAUCAUACACAUCUGGCAAGCAGCACUCCUUCGAUGUGGGCUCAUUCGUUGUGAUCGCGUGGAUUUUGGUUGUGAGUUAGCCGCCGGUCUCCAUUUGCACUGUUACUUUUGGCCCGCAUGUGAUUUUACUGCGGCACACACAGAAACGCAGUUCAUUUCUAUAUAUGCCCACAUAAUACAACAUGAUGCACGCUUGUCGAGUCGCAAUGCCGAAGGUCUCGGGACCGACACAGGCCAUCCAGAUGAACUGAUGGAGGACUCGGGGGUUGACACACUGGACCAGACUCCAAGACGAAGGGGUCGUCCACCAAAACGUACUAAAUGCAUUCGUGUGCCCCGGUUGAACGUGCCAGAUGAGUUGUGCGCGGAUGAUGCGAGAGUCGAGGAACUCAGGCGCGACAUGUUCAUUCAGCAGGCGGUGGAUGUGGUGGGCCGUGAUCGAGUCGGUAUUGUGUGUGGAGUGAAGCAUUUUCCCGCUGGGAUAGCUUGUCCGGAUGACCUGUGUGAAUACUCUUGUCGCGGGUCGGAACAUUAUCAUUGCAUUCGUCCACGGUGUUUCAUGUCCACGGACAAUUUGGAUUUGAUGAAUGUACAUCGUCGCGAGUUCCACAACCAUAUUAUAAUCGCACAUGGAUUCGAACAUUUCGACCGAAGCGUGGACUGUCGACGUCCAACGUGUCAUAGCAAGAAAAUGACACAACAUUACCACUGUACUUAUCCGAACUGUGACUAUGCGUUUAUCCGUCCAACGACGAUGACACAACAUGCGCGCAAGCAUGAAGAGCUGGCUCGUACUCGACACCAUCCGGGAGCGUUGAAGAAGGUUAAGUGGAUGCUUGACCGCCAUCAUCGUCGUCCUCCUCUUCCUGCUCCAUCUUCUCAUUAUCGGACAGAACCGGACAGUCGUGUGGAAUUCGAGGAACCAAGGCUGCCGUGCUUGCCACUGGGUAUGUCACCAAUGGCGGUGGCCCAUCUACCCGCCCUCUUCCCUGGGUCAGGUGACGCAACCGCUUAUAGGCAACAAGUGUCCGAAGUAACAGCACCGAAAAUGCCAUCAGAAGACCGACUGCCAGGAUUCCUUCCUGUUUGGGCAGCGGCCAUGGCAGCUGCGACAGCAGUAGCCAAAUCCGCUACUAGUGACUCGACAAUGCUGCAUCCAUCGAUGUCGCUGUCAUUUCAUGAGGCCACCAGAUUUGGCAUUCCCGAGUCUAGUCGGAUAGGUCUAGACUGCCUUACCAAAGAUGUGGAAGAGACUUCAGUGGGUGUGUGACGACGGUCCAUCGGAGAGACAAUAGAGACAAUCUUAUGCAAAUUACGCGGAACUUUUGCGAAUUUGGGGGCUAACGAUGCAAACUCCGCUCCUUGACUACAUGAACCGCCACUAGUGAUUGUCUACCUCGGACUCAACUCCACCUCAGCUAAACGAGUGUUGAGCCUCCUUCAGAUACCGGUUCUCUGUUUUCCAAACGCAACCCAAGUGUGCCUAACACAUGCAAGCUGAUGGGCCAACCCAUAUUUUGUUUUCUUUCUCCAUCCUACUGCUGUCCUUCGUACUGAGAACUUAUCCGAACGGAUGCUUUGGAACGAUUCCCAACUGUACAUGCCCAAAUUCAACCAGGAGAGGGACACGCACAUUUUGCCAAGCCCUCCGUGCAUCCAUCCACAUCUGCUCAACCUCCACUUUUUUCGCAACGUCCAAGCCUUUCCCAUUUGCUCAUUUUCGCUACGCCUCUGUCUUAUAUUUUUCUAAUUAACUAAUUAGGGAUUUUCUUUUGUGAACUGUACAAAAUGCAAACAUUUCCUGAAUUCGGGCAUGUAUUUUUGAAGAAUUCAGUUAGCGAAACAGG